AUGGCCAACAAGAUGCGAAUUUAUGGAGAAGAUAUGCAGGAUGUUAAAGUGGUGGAGAAAAUUCUACGCUCUUUAACUGAGAAGUUCAACUAUGUUGUAUGUUCUAUUGAGGAGUCAAAGGACAUUGACGCUCUUCCUGUUGAUGAGUUACAAAGCUCAUUAAUAUAUGAAUGUCCUUCUGGGAACAAAGAAGCAAAUUAUGCAGAGCUUGAUGAGGAAGAAGAAAUGAUUUUGAUGUCUUAUGUGGAGUUGUAUAAGGCCAGAAGAGAAGAUACAUGGUUCCUUGAUUCAGGGUGUUCUAAUCACAUGUGCGGCGAUCGAACUAUGUUCAAUGAACUCGAUGAAAAAUUUCGACAUUCGGUAAAAUUGGGGAACAACACUAAGAUUGGAUGUGAUGGGAAAGGGAAGUGUGAAGCUGCUGCUGAAUGGAGUCGAUCAUGUUGUUACUGA